AUACCUUAGACAGGCGCUCGGCGGGACCUUCUCCAGAUAGAUCUGGUCCUUCGUGCGUUCAGCAUCUCUCCGGUUCAGUUCCUUCGAAUGGUGGUCCGGUGUUGGCUUUUUUGAGUAGUGACCCGUGUGCUCCCAGAGUGUUUCCCUUCGCCACCGCCGCCUUUCGUCGUGGUCAGCGUUACGUUCCGUUGGUGUUUGAGGAGCGUAAAAGUCUAUACAUAGGAGCCAAUUGGGAUCGACGCGCCUCAGUUGGUUUUGAACAGUGAUUUGAUCAACAUGGGCGACUCGGACUGGGGCCUAGAACGACUAACUAAUGGGCUGAAUUGUACUCCACCUGCGAUAGAGGACUUCCCGCCUGAUUUGUUCACAGUGCAACAGAGACAGAACGGGGCCAUAGUGUUACACGCACUUGCUAGUUUAUAUUUAUUUGUAGCUUUGGCUGUAGUAUGUGAUAAGUAUUUUGUACCUGCCGUCGAAAAAAUAUGCCACGCGUUAAAUAUGUCAAACGACGUGGCAGGAGCGACGUUCAUGGCUGCGGCGACUUCAGCGCCCGAACUGUUCGUCAACGUCAUUGGGACGUUCAUCACCGAGGGCGACAUCGGCGUUGGCACCAUAGUGGGGUCAGCGGUAUUCAAUAUCCUGGCAGUGGCUGCCUGCUGUGGGAUCGGUGCUGGAAUGGUAGUUCCACUCGAUUGGUGGCCGCUGACGAGAGACUGCCUUGCCUAUGGCAUCACGGUGGCCAUACUGAUCUGCAUUAUCCACGACGAACGGGUCGAGUGGUAUGAGGCGCUGAUACUGGUGCUGCUGUACAUCGUGUACAUUGCUGUGAUGUACUACGACAAGGCGUUCCAGAAGUGUGCCAGAGAUGGGCUCAAACAUGCACGCACACGCAGGUCACAGGAUGCAUCUAGUAGUUUAAAAUCGGUAUCCAGUAAAGAUCAAGAAGCAAUUGAUGCGCAUCUUCCGCUGCGAAUCAGCCACUUCCAACAGAAUGGAAAUUUGAAGAACGUUACUCAUAUCGAUGCGAGUAGCCCUGAAUUGACGUCAUCAAAUCUGGAGAUGCAAAUUAAGGCGAUCAGUGGCGGUGGCGGAACAGUGCCUGCACCCGUAGCGGCCCUAGCGGCUGCAACAGUACUCAUCGGCGAUCAGCACCAACAGCAGGGGCAGCAUAAGCAGCAACAAAUCAAGCGGCGGCAUAGUGCCGGAAGUAUGAACGGCACUGCGAGCUUAGAUGAGGACGAUCAACGGCCUCCACCUCCGAGUCCCUCAACUCCGCCGGUUUCGUCUGCGAGUGCGGAAUCUAUGAAGAACUCACUAAACGGGGAUCAUUCGGAGAAGGAUGCCGGAGCGUUGGGAAAUGGGGCAACCGGAGGCGAAUCGGCUGACGUCAGUGACGACAAGGAUGAAGAGUUCCAGUUGUUCAAGUAUCCCUCAGGCCAGAGCAAAUUGCGACAGUUCUCGUGGAUCAUAACGUGGCCGAUCUAUUUGCUGUUUGUCUUUACGAUUCCAAACUGUGCGAAGCCACGCUAUAAGAAAUGGUUCCCAUUGACGUUCAUCAUGUGCAUCGUUUGGAUUGGAUCGCUGUCGUAUGUGGUUGCGUGGAUGAUUACGAUCAUCGGAGAUACGCUCAAGAUACCCGAUUCGGUGAUGGGGAUCACCUUUUUGGCAGCGGGCACCAGCGUUCCUGAGGCCGUAUCCAGCGUAAUUGUGGCGAAGCAAGGUUACGGUUCGAUGGGCAUCAGCAAUUCAAUUGGAUCCAACACUUUCGACAUCUUGCUGUGCCUGGGUCUACCGUGGUUCAUUAAGGCAGCCUUCUCGCCCAUCGAAAAAGGUCAUCACUGGGUAGGAAUCAACUCGGCUGGAUUGGAGUACUCAGCCAUCUCGCUACUGUCGACGUUACUGAUGCUGUAUAUAGCCUUCUGGUUGAAUAAGUUCAGGCUAGAUCGAAGAGUUGGGUACGCGUGCCUUAUCAUGUACGCAGUCUUUUUGAUCCUGGCAAGUUUGAUUGAGUUGAACGUAUUCUUCCCAGUGAAUCUCCCGACCUGUGUGCGGUGAGUGAGUUGUAGGAAACUUUGAGUUGUGUCGAUAAAACGAACGGUUUUUAUCUGCAAAUCUGGCGCUGGGUGGUGCCCAAUUCGAAUUGAUUUUUUACCUUACCUGCUGCUGGUGUCACAUGAUACUCGCGUGACAAACCCGGUCGGGGGGAAUCAUUCGGCUUUUUUUUUGUUGAUGUUGUUAUUGUUGAUAUUGAUACUGUUGGUGCAACUCGAAUUUGGACGACGCCCCGCUGAUUACGGUUAAGAGUGAGUGUGUGUUGAUAAUGAAGAAGACGAAUAAAAAUACAGGGCGGAGCAAAGCAUCCGCAAAGAAAUAUAUAUAUUUCAAUGAACGAUUGAAAGAAAAGUUUUAAAAUGAACCAAAUAUUAGCUGUAUUUGACUUAAUGCCAAGUGAAAACUCAGCACCAAACUCAAAAUAAGAAAUACAUAGAACAGACUAAAAACCUCAUAAAUACCGUACUGAGGAGCAAGCACUAUUGGUUUUUAAUGUACUUGUCACGAACAGCACAUCAGAAGACGUCCAUAAAUGACAUAGCAUUUUAUGACGGUUUUAUCGAUUAUUUCACAAUCCACGCUACAGAAAAGAAAAAAAAAAUGUAAAAAAAAUCGAAAAAAUGCUAC